CAGGCUAAAUUCAUCAAGGCAGCUGUUAAUAGCAAUAGCAUAGGGCUUUAGUUUAUCAUAUGAGUUUAUCUGCCAUGAGGUGUUGAGGUCUCUGCAUGUGUAGGUUACUGACUUACUGUAAUCAUCGGGUCUAUCUCGUCCUUAUAAAAACCUGCUCUAUUACGGCGAGUGUCUGUCUUCUUCUGUAGUCAAACUGCAAGAUAUCAAAAUCUACCCAGAUACAGCAAUGCUGCUUUUUGAUUGGCUGUUCAGUAUACACUCACCGGCCACUUUAUUAGGUACACCUGUCCAACUGCUCGUUAACACUUAAUUUCUAAUCAGCCAAUCACAUGGCGGCAACUUAGUGCAUUUAGGCAUGUAGACAUGGUCAAGACAAUCUCCUGCAGUUCAAACCGAGCAUCAGUAUGGGGAAGAAAGGUGAUUUGAGUGACUUUGAACGUGGCAUGGUUGUUGGUGCCAGAAGGGCUGGUCUGAGUAUUUCAGAAACUGCUGAUCUACUGGGAUUUUCACGCACAACCAUCUCUAGGGUUUACAGAGAAUGGUCCGAAAAAGAAAAAAUAUCCAGUGAGCGGCAGUUCUGUGGGCGGAAAUGCCUUGUUGAUGCCAGAGGUCAGAGGAGAAUGGCCAGACUGGUUCGAGCUGAUAGAAAGGCAACAGUGACUCAAAUAACCACCCGUUACAACUAAGGUAGGCAGAGGAGCAUCUCUGAACGCACAGUACGUCGAACUUUGAGGCAGAUGGGCUACAGCAGCAGAAGACCACGCCGGGUGCCACUCCUUUCAGCUAAGAAGAGGAAACUGAGGCUACAAUUUGCACAAGCUCAUCGAAAUUGGACAAUAGAAGAUUGGAAAAACGUUGCCUGGUCUGAUGAGUCUCGAUUUCUGCUGCGACAUUCGGAUGGUAGGGUCAGAAUUUGGCGUCAACAACAUGAAAGCAUGGAUCCAUCCUGCCUUGUAUCAACGGUUCAGGCUGGUGGUGGUGGUGUCAUGGUGUGGGGAAUAUUUUCUUGGCACUCUUUGGGCCCCUUGGUACCAAUUGAGCAUCGUUGCAACGCCACAGCCUACCUGAGUAUUGUUGCUGACCAUGUCCAUCCCUUUAUGACCACAAUGUACCCAACUUCUGAUGGCUACUUUCAGCAGGAUAAUGCGCCAUGUCAUAAAGCUGGAAUCAUCUCAGACUGGUUUCUUGAACAUGACAAUGAGUUCACUGUACUCAAAUGGCCUCCACAGUCACCAGAUCUCAAUCCAAUAGAGCAUCUUUGGGAUGUGGUGGAACGGGAGAUUCGCAUCAUGGAUGUGCAGCCGACAAAUCUGCGGCAACUGUGUGAUGCCAUCAUGUCAAUAUGGACCAAGCUCUCUGAGGAAUGCUUCCAGCACCUUGUUGAAUCUAUGCCACGAAGAAUUGAGGCAGUUCUGAAGGCAAAAGGGGGUCCAACCCGUUACUAGCAUGGUGUACCUAAUUAAGUGGCCGGUGAGUGUAUAUACUUUAUUUGAUUGGCUUGCACGUGGCACGCAGCUUCUGAACUCUCAGAGAAACUCAGUUGAUUUCCCCCUGUUCCGUAGUUAAAGAAGUGCAACUUGGUGGACAUCACCAUAUUCAUUUAAAUUAGUGAGAAAUACACUGUGUGGUGUGUGAGCGUGUGAACGGGUGGGAAUGCGUGUGUCAUACACUGAAUGCGUGAGACUUGAGAGCCCUGUGCUCACGCAUCAUCAAUGUACUCCCGUGCCAUGCAAAACGGGCUUUGCAAAUGUUGCACUGAACGCCUUCCUUUUCAGUCUUGGUAAAGUUUUCCCACACCAUGGGUUGUGUCCAUGUUUUUCUCAGCCGCUGCCUCAGCCAUGGCUGUUUCUUUUCUGUGUGUCCUGCUGAUGUUUACACGCCGGUGUACAUGGACAUAUAUAAAGACCAGACGAAUCGAUUACAGAAUUAGUUGGCAACGGAUUUUUUCGUCACGACGAAUCGACUUAAUUGAUUCGUUGUUGCAGCCUUAGUACUUUCCUUGAUAGACAGACUAUUAUAACCAAUCAUCCAAGCAUCUGACGUCAUAACAGAUGCUUGGUUACGGUGAUUGGUUACAGUAGUACAUGGACCAAUCAGGGGCUGCCUUUCCCUGUUGUCUGGGUAACAGUGAAAACAUGGUCUUUGAUUGGCCCGGUUAUUUUCUGAUCGGACAUACACGCUCUCUAUGGGCCGAAGUCCAGACUGUUGUGGGAAGGAACGUCAAGUAACUGACGCAACAGGAUGGCCCAGCCAGGCUACCACUACUUAAAUGUAAACCUGCCUUGCUGACUGAUGGCACCUCAUGUUGUCUGUGUCUACUUAAAAUGGCAUGUAUUACUCAAAUGAUGCGCUUGAACCCAGAAGUUGCUGCAAGUCUGGUCUCUCUGUAUUAUCUGUAAUUUUUGUAAUUUUGCUAGAUUUUUUUCAUAUUUUUGUUGUAAUUUUGUUGGUUGCUGAUGGAUACUUCUGCUGGGCGAAGAGUAUACUCAAGAGAAGAGCUCCUUUCAUUGAGGAAAAGGAAAUCUGGACAACAACAUACAAUUCCAGAGGACAUCAGGAGGUGUUAUCGUGGUUGCCAUGCUGGUGCAAAGGUGAAGGCAAAGCUGAAUGCUAGGAGUUGGUGAUAUAAACCCUUUCUUCCAUCAAUCAUCAUGGGACACGUCAACUCUCUGCCCAACAAAAGCGAUGAGCUGGAGAUAUUGGUGAAGACUGAGAAAGAAUACUGUGAGUGCAGUUUCCUGUGUUUUUCUGAAACCUGGUUGAAUCAGAACAACUCGGACGCCAGUGUGGAUCUACCUGGCUCCACUCUCAUAAGGUCAGACAGAGAUGCUCAAGCUAGUGGCAAGAAGAAAGGAGGAGGUCUGGCUUUAUUUGUCAACCAGAGAUGGUGUAACCCUUCACACAUAACUGUCAAGGAGAAGUUGUGUUGUCCAGAUAUUGAACUGUUGGCAGUUGCUCUUUGGCCAUAUUUUGUUCCAAGAGAAUUUAGUCAUAUCAUAACAGUAGUUGUUUACAUUCCACCCAAAUCAACUGAAGAAUGUUGCGAUUUUUUGCAAAAUAGUGUUGCCAGGCUACAGACUCAACACCCUGAGGCACUAAUAAUAUCGGGAGACUUCAACCAUGUCACCCUCUCCUCUCACCUCACUGGAUUCACACAGUUUGUGAACUGUCCUACCAGCGAAAACAAAACCCUGAAUCUGCUGUAUGCCAACGUCAAAGAAGCCUACAGAGCCACUGCCCUACCACCACUGGGCAAGUCAGAUCAUAACUUGGUCUAUCUGCAAACCUGUUACAGACCUUGUGUACUGAGGCAGCCUGUGACCAAAGUCAAAAUAAGAAGAUUGACACCUCAAGCCAGUGAAGCUCUAAGGGACUGUUUUUAAUCAACAGACUGGAAUGUGCUGCUGGAAACACAUGUGGAUAGUAUGAACACUGAUAAACAGGUUGACUGCUUGACUGAUUAUGUCAACUUCUGUAGAGACACAGUUAUACCCACAAAAAUUGUUCACUGUUUCCCCAACAACAAACCCUGGAUCACAAGAGACAUAAAAGCAAUCCUUAACCACAAAAAGAAAGCUUUUAAAGAUGGUGACAAAGAACAACUCAAACAAGUGCAACAAGAGUUGAAGAGGAGACUGAAGAUGGCAAAGCUGGAGUACAUAAAGAAGAUAGAGAAUAAUCUACAACACACCAGUGAAAAGAAAAGACAGCCAGUGGUGGUUGAUGUGAAAAGAGCUGAUGAACUCAACCUGUUCUUCAACAGAUUUGACACUGCUGUCACACCCACUUCCACUGCUACUCCAUCUUCCUCUCAGCAACAAAUUUCCACUACAACUUCUCCCCUUCCUCCUCCAUCUUGUUCAACUGUCUCAACCACUUUAACUGCCUCCCUCCUCGAACACCAGUCCUUGUCCGUCACGAAAACAGGGGUGAGGAUGGAGCUUGGAAGACUUUGUCCUGGGAAGGCAGCUGGUCCAGAUGGUGUGUGUCCAAGGUUGCUUAGAGACUGUGCCGCAGAACUGUGUCAGCCCCUCCACAAGAUCUUCAACCUGAGUUUACCGCUGGGGUGGGUACCUGCUUUAUGGAAAACAUCCUGCAUUGUGCCAGUACCAAAAACAAAAUGUCCUGCUGAACUCAAUGACUACAGACCAGUGGCCCUCACUUCACAUCAUGGAAACCCUGGAGCGGCUGAUUCUACACCUUCUGAGGUCUGAGGUCAAAGACAAACUGGAUUUCCCGCAGUUUGCAUACAAAGGACACAUCUGAGUGGGUGAUGCUGUCCUCUACAUGCUACACCGUGCCCUGUCUCAUCUGGAGGAACCUGGGGUUUAUGUGAGGAUCAUGGUCUUCGACUUUUCAAGUGCAUUCAACACCAUCCAACUCACCAUACUCAAAGACAAGCUCACAGAGAUGGGAGUGGAUCCUUCCUGUGUUUCCUGGAUUGCAGAUUACCUGACAGGAAGGCCACAGUUUGUCAGGCUGGGGAACUGUGUUUCUGGGACAUUAAUGAGCAGUACAGGGGCUCCACAAGGGACAGUGCUGGCGCCAUUCCUGUUCACACUGUACACGUCAGACUUCAAAUACAGUAUUGAGUCCUGUCACAUCCAGAAAUACUCAGAUGACAUCGCUAUUGUGGCAUGUAUCAGAAAUGGACAAGAAGCUGAAUACAGAGAUCUAAGAAGAGACUUCAGUGACUGAAGUCACAAAAACUGCCUCCUCCUCAACACCUCAAAGAAAAAGGAGAUGGUCAUAGACUUCCGUAGAUCCAAACCCCCUAUUCAGCCAACCUGUGGACGUGGACGUGGACGUGGAAGUGGUGACAUCAUAGAAAUACCUAGGUGUACAUCUGGAUAAUAAGUUGGAUUGGUCUAAGAAUAUAGAUUUCAUCUACAAAAAGGGGCAGAGCUGCCUCUUUUGACUGAGAAGACUCCGAUCAAUAGACAUCUGUAGUAAGACGAUGCAGAUGUUUUAUCAGUCUGUGGUAGCAAGUGUGCUGUUCUACGCUGCAGUCUGCUGGGGAGGAAGCAUCAAACACAAAGAUGCAAGAUGUCUUAACAAACUGGUGAAAAAGGCUGGCUCUGUGGUAGGACUCAAGCUGGACUCAGUGGAGGAUAUGGUGGAGAGAUCUACACUGAGGAAGGUGGAGACUAUUCUCAAGAACAUGGAUCACCCACUUCACAACAGCUUGAUGGACCAUGGGGCAAGUGGUGGUGGACGGCUCCUCUCUCUUCGCUGCAGGACAGAAAGCUUUAGAAGAUCUUUUGUACCAACAGCCAUCAGGGUUUAUAACUCUUAUGUAAAUAAUAGAUAACUUUUAGAGACAUAUUACGUGAGACAACAGACAAUUGAAUUUCCCUUUGAGGAUCAAUAAAGUUCUUCUCAUUCUUAUAUCAACAACCUACCAGAACAAUCUGUGUAUCUUUGUGGCAGACAGUAUGCUGUGGUUUGGACUUAACUCAUUCAAACUUUAGUGGUAUAAAGAAAGCUGCACAAGUUCGUAAUACACACUGUCUGUACUUAUCCUGGCCUGGUUCACACUCUGUCUCUGCACACACACACACAUUUUGCUGACCUCUCUCGGUCAUCGUGCUCAGCAGUGCGGUCACCAUGUGAGCGAUGUGAAGCAGUGCAGUGUGGAGGAGGGUCACAUCGCCCUGCUAAUACUCCAUAUGUUUGAUUAAUGCCCUCUCUCUUUGAGCGCCUCAACUUUGCUCUUCUUUACCUCGCUCGCCCUCCACCUGUCUCCACCUCCUACUGUUUACCCUGUUUAACCUUGCUCACCUCUAACUAGAGUUUCUACUUUCCACCUAUUUUUACUUUAUUUCCCUAUUUCUUUAUUUUUAUCACUUAACUCUCUCUCUUUUUCUCUCUCUUUCUCUCUCUCUCUGUCUCUGUCCUUCUUUCUCUCUUUCUCUCUCAGGACUACGUUCUGGCUGUGGAGACCUAUCACUCCAUCAUCCAGUAUGAACCCCAGCAGAGAGUGCAGCUGCUCAGUGGUAUAGGACGCAUCUUCCUUCAGGUCUCCACAGUAAAACACACACGCACACACACACGCAUAUGCACUAUGGACACAUUAUGACACUAAGACACUAAUUCCCAAGGCAUGCACCUAGAAGUCUAGAAAUCCCCCAGUUUCCAGCUAAUCAAAAAAUCUAAAGCCUUACAUUCAAAGCCACUUUAUCAAGUUAAUCUUUUAAGUUACUUAUAUAACCUUAAAACUGUUUUAAAUACUAAUUUGCAACUUUUCUUAGAAGUGUGCCAUGGUUCCAUUAAAUGAGCCUCUAGCAAAUUCAGCGACAGUGAAUGCUGUGGCUGGUAACAUUCAGAGAAGCUAAUGAAGGAUGCUACAUUGCUGUGAUUUGUGUGUGAUGUUAUUUUUUGAGAUUAUUUGUUUGAUACUCUGGUUAAAAAAGCUGUGUGAGGAGAUCUUGAACAGUAUGUAAAGGUUUGACAACCAGAGGCACCUGUUCCUGAAGUUUUUGCAGUAUGUCUAAAGUGCAGUACCAGGCUAGAAUUGGACAGCAUUACAUUCUUAAAACUUCAGGAGCUGGUCCUCCUGGUCACCGAAUGAGCAUGUCAUACGCGUGUCAUUGUUAGAAAGAAACAACAUUUUUCUGCUUUGCACUAAUUUAAUCAACUAAAUGUUUUAUUUUUUCAAAACUUAUUGUUUUUAUUUUUUCUAGUUGUAGUCUUUUUCUGUUCUAGUCACAGCCCUCUGUUUUGUUUCUUUUUAAGUCUUAAUACAAACAAGACUAACUAAAUACUGGUUUAAUUCUGUCCCCCCAAAAUAAGGAGAUUGAUUCUGCUUUAAUUUUUUCCUUUAUUUUUUUAGAUCUUGCCCUAAAUAGCUCCUGAUGCCUUGCUCACAACUCCCUUGUUUGUACUAACAUCAGAGCAAUAUUUGUUUUUUGAUUCUUUUUAUUCUCUCGUAAUUUUCCUGUUUGUAUUCUUAGCUGAUGUAAUAAGUUAGCUUCCCCAGGGGCAUCACAAAUCCAACUUAAUUCAUUAAUGCUCGCCCUGUUUUAUAAUACACACAGAGAGAUCAUUUAAUGUGUUGUUUCUGCUUUGUUCUUGGCCAGAUCGGAGACGUUAAAACAGCAGAGAGGUAUUUCCAGGAUGCGGAGAAAGCCUGCCAGAUGAAAGGAAGCCAGCCCAGUCACACCACAUGUGUGCUCAUGAAUAGGUGUGUGUCAUGUACUUAGCACUUUAUGCAAUGUGUUUGUGUGUAUGUGUGUACUCAGAGCUGCUCAGGAUAAUUUUCACUCCAUAAUGGCUGUGCUUCCUUCAGGGCCUUUUGCAGGUUUGAGAUUCCUCUAUGAGUGUUUGUUUUAGCGCAGGAGGCCACACCUGUGUGGCACCGGCCAGCGGGGCUUAGAUGCAUGAGACUCAGCUCAGGUGACAGGUGUUUGAUAUCGUCGUAGAGUCAUGGUUCAAAAAGGAUUCUGCCGUCACAUUAAAGCCUUUUGUAACUAUUCCAUUUAAAAGUUAAUGAAAGAGAGAGACUGAUUGAUCUAUUGGCCAAUUAAUCAGGCUGAUUUUAGAGUCAAAGGUCAGCCCUCACAAGAUCUUUAACGUAUAUUUUCCCAACAAGCCUCAAAAUUGCUCUACAGAUUGCAAAUAUUGCAUCCCAAAGUUUGAAUGAUGGGGUGUCUGAAGCAGAUCGGGGCGGUGGCUGCAGCUGCUGCAUCACAGUGAAUCUUGGUACAUGUAGGUGAAGCAGCAUGUAAGGGAAGUCAUUCAGCAAGGGUACACAGUUUGAUGUAAGGAGGCAGCAUCUUUUUAACAUUGUGUCAACAGUCUGUUUGUCAAUUUCAUGUUUAAAUUACACAACACCCCAUUGCAUAAAGACAGUCGUGAUCGUAAUCAUAGUCGUAGAUUUUCCAGUCUGCGUGGAAAAACCAGACAAGUCUGCACAAAGUCCUUAAUUUAGUCAUGUCUAACAGAAAACCCAGAAUCAGAAAAGUGUAGGGCAACAAAAGAGCAGGUCUAAGACUGUGAAUCUGAUUAAACAUGUUCGCAACAAUACAAAUUUGUGUGUUUUUGUUCUUUUGACCAUGUAUUGUAUGUCCUCUAAAGCUCCAGUGUGUUUGUAAGACCUGAGCCUCCACUGAAUUUCCCUCACAUUCAGUUUUAUUUUGUUUAUACUGUAGAUGAACUGAAUCUGUGUGUGUGUGUGUGUGUGUGUGUGUGUGUGUGUGUGUGUGUGUGUGUGUGUGUGUGUGUGUGUGUGUGUGUGUGUGUGUGUGUGUGUUCUCCAGAGCCUUUGUCUACCUCAGUCAGAACAACUACGCUGAAGCACACACGUCCUUUAUUGAAGUCCUGAAAAUUGACCCCAAGAACCCAGUGGUAAGUCCUUCAGCCAUAAGAAUCUUGCUGAAAAUCACGUGUGUAAACAAACACCGCUGUCCUGCGCUGCAAACAUUUCACCAUCAAACAGAUGCAGUCAGAUGAGGCACAGAUUAGUUAGUAUAGACUAACCUUUUUUGAUUUUGGGGGGUUCAAAGCAGCAACUCAGGAGCUGAAAAAAGCAGCUGAGAAAACUGCAACUCCUCAUGUGACAACUAGAAGCUGGCUUAAAAAUCCCAGGAAUCUUCAUUUACGCCCAUGUUAAAAAAAAAAAAAAGAAAAACAAUAGUCUGAAUGACCCUGUUAUUCAUUCCUACACAGUUAAGAGUACGGUGGCCCUGAGUGUCAACUGCAAAAUUGUUUUAUCAUUUCAUAAAUAUAUUAAAUAAUAUUCAAUAAAAAAAGGAAAUAAAUACAAAUAAUGAAAUGCUAAUGAAUUUCACAAGCAUAAAACAUUCAUGACAUAUUAGGAAUUCACAGAUACAAAGUAUUUAAUCAGACAGAAAUAUUUUUAAAAAACAAAAAUAUUUCAGAAAGGCAAAAAUGUUUUACAGAUUUCAAGAAUAUUUCAUUGAAAGCAAAACUAUUUUAUACAAAAAUAAAAAACUAGUUAUGUCUUCCAAGUCUUUCAUAUUCAUUCAAUGGACCAGAAAAAGUGAAUAAAAAGUCACAUAAAUUGGAGUUUUUCAUCUCGUCACACAUUUUUGUAUUACAUAAAUUAAUUUUAAAUUUAAUUUGCAUUUAAAAUUUUCAGUGUGAAACAAUUUAUUGCAUUUGAUUAAAUGUCUUGGAAAAAACGGUUGCAAUGGAAAUUAUUUUUGUAAUUUAACUUUAAAUUUUUUUUUUUUUGUUUGGUUUUGCAAAAUAUUUUUUAAUUUAAAUAUUUUUGUGUUUCAUCAAAAGUUGUAGUUAUGUAGUAUCAUUUUUGAUUUGUUUACACAUUUUGUGUUUUGUAAAAGACAUUCAGUUUUGUUAAAUACUUAAGCAAUUUAAUUAAACAUUUCUGUGUUUUUGAAACUUUUCAGCAAUACAUACAAAAAUUUUGAGUUUAGAAAAAUAUUUGGGUUAAAUUUGGAGUACAAUAAAUUUGUGUGUCACUAAAUACUUUUACAUUAGAUUAAAUAUUUCUAAGUUUGAUUAAAUAUUUUUGUUUUUCCUGUGUUGUUUCCUUUUAAAUGAAAAUUUAAAAGUCUUAUUUCAAAAUUAUUAAUCUAUUGCAGUUAGCAGCAUGGCUGGUUGGGCUGACAGGUGGAUGGAUGUGUUGUUAAAGCUCACCUCAGCUCCAUCUCUGGCAAUAUUUACGCGACAAAGUUAGGAUGAGUCAGCAUUGUCAACAUGGUGACGGCUGUCAUUACUCUUUUUAGAAAACCAGUGAGACAACAUCUAUGUUUGUUCAGUCUCUAAUUGAACAUGGAGACAAAGGGACUGUGAGACAGCCAACUCUUUGAUAUCUGCCUGUAUCUAAACUCCUGUCUUCACCCAUUCCCUGCCUCCCUCCCUACCUCCUUCCCAUGUUGUUACCAUCUUACCUUCAGGCUAACAACAAUGCCGCAGUGUGUUUGCUGUAUCUUGGACGGCUGAAGGAGUCCCUGGGCCAGCUGGAGGGCCUGGUGCAGCAGGACCCCGCCCUCUACCUCCACGAGAGUGUCCUGUUUAACCUAACCACCAUGUAUGAGCUGGAGUCAUCUCGCAGCACCCAGAAGAAGCAAGCACUGCUGGAGGCCGUGGCCUCCAGAGAGGGGGACAGCUUCAACACGCAAUGUCUGAAACUAGUCUGAGGGGACUAACUGGAGGAUUACACACAAACACACACACGCACACACACAAACACACACAUCCUAGUAAAGCCCAGGGAUAAGAUCUAUGGAGGUAGAGAAGCUGUCUCUCCUUUGUGAGUGUGGGGACAGAAAAGUGAAUGUUGCUCAGUUUAGCCUCCCAGUUGAAAUGAAACUUCAAGGAACUUUUUUUUUUUUUAAAUCAAUGAAACAGAUUUGGGAAGCAAAAUCAUCCAAGAAUACAGAAGACUUCACUGUCCCUAUUAAGACUGACCUGAUAACAAGACUAAAAUGUACCCACUGGAGCAGAUAGUGGUGGCAAAGGUCACAUAUUCAAGUCCUGUGUAUGCAAGAGUUUAUCUUAAUUUUAUUUAGCACAUUAAAGGAAUAAUCUGACAUUUUUGGAAGCUCAUUAAGAGAAAUGAUGGAUGGUACUCUCAUGUCUGUAUCAUAAACAUGCAGGUAAAAGUAGCAGACAGUUAAACAAUGAAACAGACAGCCUCAUUACCUCCUGGUCAGUUUGCUUAACUUUUCAUCACGUCUGGAAAACAGCCCGUCAGGCUCUGCCUAAAGGGUGGCUUAAAUACUGAACAGCUAGCAGGCAGCUGGCUUGACUUUUUACAUUUAACGGAUUAGUAGCCAGUAAACCUGAAUACAGAAAGGUAAACCCCCCCAAGCUUCCAACUGUUUUUUGUUAUUAUUGUGUUGUAACCUCACAGAGGACAAUAAGUGGAGGCUUCAAAGGUUGUUUUAUGGUUAUUUUUGAAAGUAAAACAAAAUGUUUUACAAGUUUUUUUUAAUUCUUUCUAUUAUAUUUCUGAUUAUCUGCUAUUUUUUUUCAUCAGAACACUGAAACAAAAAAUUGGCUGCAACGACUCACGCUUGGGAGAAUAAGGGACAAGAAGUUUUUAAAUCUAGGUAACUUGAAGCUGUGCUAGCAUUAAUAACCAUGAGGGAUUUUUAUUUUUGUAAGGGAGCCUUUUACAUCAUUGAACUUUAGUUUUCAACUUUCUAGGGCGCUUUUUAAUCUUGCAAAUGUUGUAAAUACAGCAUUUAAAUCACAGUGAAUCACAGAAAAAUUGUGCAGCAUUAAUCGCCCUCCUUCCUGCCACAGCAUAUGAACUGUUUUUUUACCAUUGCUUCUCGCUGCCUUGAUGGCAUGCAACCGUCAUCCUGUACAUCCAAUGUGAGACCUCCUCUUGAACAGACCAGUUAACUUACCAGCUGCUAGCUGGUUAGUUUCACAUUGAGCAUGCAGAUAUGAGAGUCAGCUUCCUUUUUAACCCUUACUGGUUGUAAAAGUGUAUAAAACAAUCCCUGAAAUGUCAAACUAUUCCUCUAAAGUGUUAAAUUUUAUCAGAGACUCUUCAGAGGGAUGAAACUCACAUUGGUUUUAAUGGAGUCUAAGGCUCAGAAUGUGAGACUGGACACGGGCAUUAUCCUGAGCUUCAGUGUGCUAACAAACUCAAAACUACCACACAGGUCGAAUGCUUCCUCUUCAGCACACACCAGUAGUCCCACCCUGAAGUCUAAAACCACUUCAUUUUACUUGCACAGGUACCUGGUGCAGUAAAAAACAAACACCCUUAAGAUUGCACCACACCCUGCCCACUACACCAAACUGUAUAUUUGUACAUAUCAGAAAGGCUGAUUUUGUCCUAUUUAAAUAAUAUCAAGAAUAAUGGUCAAGUUCAUUUUUUAGUGAUUUGUCCUCUUUGAUUUUCACUGUUUACACUUUGUGCUGAUCAUAUUAAUGUAUAGUGUUAUAAAUAAUUUUGUUUUUAUCUGAAAUAAAACUGUUCUUUUAAAUCAAACCAGUCUGGUCAAAGUGAGAGAAAACAACACAGUUUACAAUCAUGGCAGCAGCUUUAUUUUCCAAAGAGCAGAAAAACUGUUGCUUUUAUUCAGAGAAACAUACAAUCAGGAAGAGUUGCUGAUUAGUUGCAUAAUUCAUUUUUAAACAUGCUGUUUGGUGAAUAAAGCAGGACUGAUUAUCCUGCUGGGAAGAAUAGGUUCAUGACUGAAACAAGGUCAGAAUAUACAACUUUAUGAGUCAAAAACUUUUAUUUAACUACAAGUUUCACUGUCCAAGAUUCAGGGAUAUUUCACGAAAGAAAACUUUAAUAUUCAUGAUUGUGCUCUAAUGAGCUAAUAGUCGCUAAAAAUACAUAAUUGCAUGUAUGCUGCUUUACAAGUUCCCCUUUAUUUUAACAAAGAGAGCAUUUCUUUCAUAUUUAUACAAAAACCUUGAAGGCUCAAAGAAAACUCUUACAUAAAAGGAGGGUGCAUUUUUGAUUGUCACCACUAGAUGGCACUAAAUCCCACAAACUGCUCCUUUAAUUGAAGCAUAAACCAUAAAAAAGAAAGCACUUGUGCAGAAAACACUCUUUAAAAAUGUAUAUAGCAAUACUUUCUCGUAGCUUGAUUUGAGACACACGUUUUUGUUGUUGAAGUUCUGAGGAAAUAAAGUAAUAAUUGUCUUCUGGUUGAAUAAAGUGAAAUAUGAAGAAUGUAAUGAGUGUAAAUGAGGAUGAAAUAGAAACACCUGUAGCUCUCUGACCAUAUAUCACCCCCAUGUGAGCUAAAUCAUUCAAGCAAACCUGCUAUAUCUGAAUAUAUUUUGCAGAAUCACAUUACAAACUCUUUUUUUUCUCGUGUCCUUAGUGUUCAUAUAGAAGCUGCUCUGUUCCUAGAGUCGAUGUCUUGGGAUGCAGAUCUCUCUCAGGGUCCCUGCAAAAAGGCCACAUACUUCUGGCGGAUCUCAAUCUCAUCAGCUGGUCGGUUGUAAGAUUUCCACACCGGCUCCCCAAUAAACAGCCUCAUGCCUCUUGUGUACCCCUACAAAAUAAAACAAACACAAAAGAUUUAAGUUCUGCACAAAUCGGAAACAGGCUGGAAUCUAGUUAGGACUAUCAAUCAGUUAUUUGAGCAUUUAACAGUCUGAAUCUAGUCUCCAUAUUUACAGACACCUGGACUUGAAGGAUUCCUGGUUAGAGAGUAAGCGCUUCAUGCCAUCCCUCACAUCUGUGUGUGAGACUCUUCAAUGCCAAAUUUACAACACCAGAUUACACUUGUAUGUAAAGAAUGCAACUGUCAAGCCCUCUUCAUGUCAACAAGAUGUGGUAUAUUCAUGCAAUUAUCACUUUAAGGUAAAUUGAGUAAAUAUUAGUAGUGGUUUCCUAAAGAAAAUGAAUGUACUUCACAGAAGUCUGUUUGAAUUAGUUUGUAUGAAUAGAUGAUAGUAUUUGUUUCAUUUCUGAUGAAGUCUUUUAUAUUAUAGAAGCAGCGGGUCCUCGCUUAGGGGGCUUAAAUGUUGCACAGCCAUGUUUUCUACAAAGGCUCAGAACAAAUAAGCAGGAACCAAACGUGUGUUUAUUCCUGGGAGUCUGAGCGAGCGCCUAACAUUGGUGGUACCCUUCAUGGAUGAAAGUCCUAAGGACAAAUUAAUGUUUACAGAGCGACUCUGACGGACUAAGUUUUCUGCUAGAGGGGUAGGAGAAGGACUCUUCACACAGAGGUACAACAGUUAACAGACAAAUUAUGCUGGAUUAUCUCAGUUGGUGCUGCUCCUCCUAACCCUGGAGAAAAACUGUACUAUUUGUCAGAGUGAGCUUUCCAAACGAGCAAAAACAAACACAAUUAAAACUGGUACAGUUUCUCCUCAGGCAUCAUCCAGUGUUCAGAGGUGUGUCAGACAGAGGCUGAAAGAGGGGUGUGGUUUCAUAUCACUGAUGCAAAGAAACACAGGUGUCUAGACUUCUACAGGAUUGGUUUAUUUUUAGGUGAUUUUCGAGACCUCAGUGUUCAUUACCAUACUCAUUUCAUAUUCAGCUGCUAAUAUCAAAAUGUGAGUUACAAACGUACUGCCUCGUCUGGGGUGAAGCGGUGGUAGAUGCCAGCUGGUAUGGUGAUCAGAUCCCCUUUAGCCAAUAAGAUACGGAUCCAUCGGUCCUCCUUGUCCCUGACAUCAAAGUAGCCCCGCCCAUCCAGGAAGUAGCGGAUCUCAUCGUCCAGGUGGAUGUGCUCCGCGUAUAGAGCCUUCAUCUAAGUGUGUGAGUGUUGGAGAGUAAUCACAAAUGCAUAUAAAUGUGGUGGGCUAAAGGUCACAGGUCAUGACAUCUACUUAUAAGGGUGAAAUUCUCAUACGUUUUGUAUUCAUUGCAUUCAUUGUAAAUUGUUUGUGUUUUAAGAGGAGACGGUUUACAGGUAAACAAAUGUUUACACUGAACCUCCCGUCGACGGGAUGUCAUUGAUGACUAGCUCCUUCUCUGUCCUGCUCGAUACGGUCGAAGUAUCCUAAGGUUUUAAAAAAUAAGAAAGUUAAAUGCGUAAAUGCGCACAGCGUCUCUCUUAAAAAAGAGAAAAUCACUGAUGGUUUGCCCUCUAGAGAAGGCUUUUGUGACAGACAUAACAGCAAUGCAUCAACAUACAAGUGAACGCGUUCCUUUAUUAGUGUUUGUUUUGUACGUAAAAAGGCGCGAUGGCACAUCCUUCAUGUGUCCGGCGCUUCUUCUGUUCCAUUUUAAUCACCCGGGAAAACUUUUUUUGAGUCUUAACAUAAUAAAACGAUUGAAAGUAGAUGUACAGACAAGCUCAAACUGUUAAUCUCUGAAGAAACACAGACUGUAGACAGUCCGGUGUUGUGCCGUAGAAAGCCCCCCGCCGUAGAAUGCACCCCCGACGGGAGCGCGGUUGAAAGUACUUAACAAGGCAGGCGAAAAUAAUCCAAGUUUUCCUUACCAUUGGAUGAAUUCAAAAGCGUGUGCCUUUAAUAAUUUCACUCAGGCUAUUCAGAUAAGCCGAAAAAAUAGCCCUCUGAUUCAGAAUAUUUGCUUAUUACAUUAUUUUAUAAUGUAUGCUAGCUUGACAGUUUACUGUACAGUUUAUAUACCCAAGCACACCUCCGUAUGUGCAUUUUUGAGACACAUAAAAUCAGAACGAAGGUUGUAACGAUCAAAUAGUCGUGUUUUUUAAAAUAUGAGAUCAUUUUCUUCCACUUUAAGAAGCUAACGAGUGGAUGGGAGGCAGGGGGUGCAUUCUACGGCACAACACCGGUCUGCUUAUUUCGGAUUUCAUUUGUGCGUGUUUGGCUCUGUUGCAAGCCUAUUUCUUGAAAAACUGCAUCACUAUCUCUUCAUCUCAUCUCUUUAUAUUCUUGACUUCAUAAAUCCUGAACCUGAAGUUCAAACUGCGCUCAUGAAUAUGCAAAGGGUGAACAGAAAGACAUCAUGAAUCCGUGUUGUUCUUAUGCGCAUGCGGGUCAGUUUCGGACUUUGACCUGGAAUCUGGUACAGGUCACAUUAGAAAGUGUCUUUGUUGAUUAGCAAAAUCUAAAAAAGUCAUAAGUGAGGACAGCGAUGUGAAGGUGUUUUUGGUUACCUUUUCUUCAUAGUCGGACAGUAUGUUCUUGUCAAUAAGGAUGUAGUCCAUGUAGGUGUAGCCUUGCUCUUUGCGGAGCUUCUCCAGCUCGGGGUCGUUUUCAUAGUUGUCAGCAUUCAGCUGCAAUAACAGGACAAAUUGAUCCGAUCAGACAACAAAGAACUUCUGUUUAACUCUGUUUCAAUAUGAUCAGUUGAGUACGGAAUCACAGUGGAAAUAGGCUCUUUCUGUGUCCCUUAGCCAGGACGUCUCAGCUCCUGUCAUUUAAUAUGAUGGAACAGAUGUGCGUAAUGACGAACAAAAUGCACUCUGAUGAAUGCUUCAUUACGCGUAAACAACAAGAAUGACCAUUUCUGAUGCAAAAAAACUUCUGAACUCUCAAUAAACCAACUUUUAAAUGUUUUAUGACAAAAAUAAUAAUCAUGAUUUUACUCAUAUAGCACCUUUCAAAACACAACAUAAAAACAAGAACAUACAGCAGCAGACAUCAGUACAAUUUCUAAAACUGUUUAUCAAUAAGGAUGAUUCAGGAUUCAAUAAAAGAUGUUCAAUGUUUUUUAAUAAGUUAAAAAUAGUUAUGAUAAUGAAAUAAAAUAAAAUAAAUAUAGGAAAAAUGAAGGUGCAUAAUCACUUUAUUCUAUUAAUGUUUACAUUUAAGCUUAUUUAAUAGCAAACCUUGUUUGGUAUUAAGGUAAAUUUGUGGUAAUGAUAGCUCUAAGAGCCGUGAUUUGGCUCGCAUUCUUUUAUCAUUAUUAUUAUCAUUAUUAUUAUUAUUAUUAUUAUUAUUAUUAUUAUUAUUAUUAUUAUUUUACCUUCCAUGUCCGCACUCCCAGCUUCUUUAAUUGGUCCAUAGACACGGGCUGGUUGGGCUCCAGUCUGUGCGGCUUGCUCGGGUCUUUAUCCGAGCUGUCCAUGUACCAAGCCUCUGGAGUCAUGCUGAAGACACCUGGACGACCUUUUCCA